AUGAGUCGCGUAAGCCAGUUGACGGGCUCAACCGCCGUCGGUGGCUCUUCAGCCUCGCUCAGCUCGCUGAGCAGCAUGACGCCUGGUCCCAACGGUCACGUUGUUCCCACCUCCAACAUCAUCAACCAAAAGGCCGAUGCCUCACGAUCAUUAUAUCAGAUUUGCGUUGCGCUCAAGAAUCGACUAGCCCAGGUCCCCGACUUCGAACAAUAUCUCGACCAGCUCGACCCUCUCGAUCCCGUUGAUUCACUGUGGAAUCUACUCCGAACUGGCCUGCCCCUCAUUGUCAUCUACAACAACGCGCUACAGCCAGAAGAGCCCCUCGACGUUGAUGAAGAGAAGGUGAUACAGAAGCCCAAGAUUGGUAUCUUCAAAUUCGUUAAGGCAUGCCUCGAACAACUCCAGCUGCCAUCGCAAGACUGCUUCGUGGUGUCCGAUGUGAUGAACAACGACACCAGUGGCUUCGUCAAGGUCACCCAAGUCGUCAAUUACGUCCUUGACCUCGCUGCCCAGCGAGGCAACCUCGUGCCAAUACAACCAUACCCUGACGACGGGCCCGCAGACCCGAGCCAGAAGACUCAAAUGACAUAUCGUGAUCACAUUGUCAAGGAGCUUGUGGACACAGAACGGAAGUAUGUGCAAGACUUGGAGAAUCUACACGAUCUCAAGACGACACUGGAACAAAAUUUGGUCAUUCCGGGUGAUGCGGUUCACUCAAUCUUCCUCAACAUCAACGCCAUUCUCGAUUUCCAACGCAGGUUCCUCAUCAGAGUGGAGACGACGAAUUCAAGAGCUGCGACAAGCCAAAAAUGGGGCGAGAUCUUUGUGCACCACGAACCUUCCUUCAGCAUUUAUGAGCCCUUCAUUUCCAACCAGCGAAAGGCUGCCAUGACGGCACAGGCUGUAUUUGACCAGAUCAAGUCAAUAGACCACCCUGUGGCUCUCGAGUUCAAUACGUUGGAUGGGUUUCUCCUGAAGCCUAUGCAGCGUCUGGUCAAAUACCCUCUACUUCUCAAGGACCUCCACAAAAAGACCGAGGAUGAAGAAACCAAAAACGAUCUUUUGGCUGGCUGUGAAGCCGCAGAGCGGGUCCUAUAUCGCGCCAACGAGGCCGUGAAUCGCGAUCUGUUGGAUGAAGCUCUCGUCGAUCUCAAGACACGCGUGGAUGAUUGGAAGAACCACAACGUCGAGUCCUUUGGCAAACUCCUCAUGCAUGGCGUGCACGGUGUCGCCACUGGCAAGACAGACGUUGAGAAAGACUACGAAAUCUAUCUUUUCGAGGCAAUUCUGCUAUGUUGCAAGGAGGUUUCACCCAACAAGGUCAAAGACAAAAAAGACAAGACCAAGUCGACGGGCAGCAAACCCAAAAACAAGAGCGCAAAGGUCACUCUGAAGGGCAGAAUCUUCAUGACAAAUGUCACUGAUGUGGUAUCCCUUUCGAAACCUGGUACUGGGUCGCACUGUGUCCAAAUCUGGUGGAAGGGUGAGCCAGCAGUGGAAAACUUCACCAUCAAGUUCCCCAAGGAAGAUAUCAUGCGCAAGUGGGCGGAUGUACUCGAGCAGCAACGCAAGGUGCACGGUGCUCGCGUAUCUGCCCAAUCGGGAUCCAUGGCAAACGACUUUGUUUGGACGAGGGACCACACAGGCGCAAUAGAAAAUCCGUACAAGGAGACGGAUGACGAAGAUGAUUUCGAUGGGCCCGCUACGGCACCCGCACAAUUUCCAAUGCCCGGCCAGCAGCCUGCCAUCAUGCCACGAACCUCAUCCAGCUCGAGCCUGAGGCAACGCUCUGCCACAAACGACAGCUCGCAGUCCUUGGCCGGCAUUGCUAGAGCACCACCGCCACGAUUCCCUCUGCCGCACCCCCCGGCUCCUCUGAGCUUGAGCCUGCAGACACAGAGCAGUGGCGCCAUCUCGCCAGGCUCUCGCAUCGGCGACAGCUAUUUCUCGCCCGUCGAUAACUCCCCCGCAUCCUCCCGAACCAGCACAGCUAGCGGCAUGUUUCCUACAUACAAGCCAGGGCAGCCUCAGGCAGUCUGGGACGAGGGCACCAAAUACACGACUGCGGCUGCCCCACGAGCGCCGUCGCGCGAUGGUACUUCCCCGGGUCCUCAUGGCAUGAAUGGGCGAAAUGCUCGGGGCCCGUCGCUGCCGGCGAUGGCAAAACAAAACAGCGCCGCGCAGAAUCAGAGAAGCCGAUCAUACAGUACGCCCGAUAUCAACGGCCCCGGCGUCCCUCGCCAGAGACAACCCAGUCAAGGUGGGGGCAAUGUUCCUGCUGUGCCCGGGAUUCCCCAGCAUCUUCACCCUGCCCACGAUAGCGGAAUCCCGCGAUCGCAGAAUGGCUCCCCACGCAACGAUCAGCCGAUCCGUACGCACACGCAAAGUCCGGGUGCGCAACAUCGCAUGCACCAGCACUCGGGCAGCCUUGGAGGGACCAUGUCGCACUUCCCUUCGCAACCAAUUUAUCCACGAGGGGCCACACCUAACCCAUCAUCCGGUGGAAACUCUCUUCGCGUUGAUAUGACGGCCGCCAACACGCGGACAGUGUCCCCUGGGCUUGGCACGGGCACAUUCGCGCCGCCCGGCUCCAAUGCGAUGGGCGAGGGCGACGCACCAUUCCCGACACAACUCAAGGUCAAGGUGAAUCUGGAUGGCGGCAACUACGUGACACUUGUCGUGGCUUUCAACAUUUCGUAUCAAUCCUUAAUUGACAGGAUUGAUGCCAAGCUCGCACGGUUCACAGCGAGCAGCAUCGGUAAGGAGCAUCUGAAGCUGCACUACCGUGACGAGGACGGUGAUCUGGUCCGCAUCCAGAGCGACGAGGAUAUCCAGCUCGCAUUCUUGGAACUUCGAGAAGGCAUGAAAAGCAUGUACUCCGGGGGCGUGGGAGAAAUUGACCUCUACUGCAUUUCGGCAACUGGUGCAUGA